GGCCUGAGGCCUGAGUCAACAACGCCUGUGCUGUUUUCAGACCAGGAGCUAGAUAACAAUGAAUAGAGCGUUAAGAGUCCCUGGGUAACUCUUAACUCUAUAGAUCUACUUACAACUACCUUGACUGGUCUCUCUCUCCGUCUAUGGAUGGAUGAAUGAAUGGCUGGAUAUCUAUCUGACUGGCCUGAGGAUUCCGCUCUGGGUGGUGCUCCAAUGUUCGUUCAUUCAUUGAGCGUUGAGCCAUGGGGUAUUAUUAUCGGUAUUAUGCUCCACAAGUGUCCAGAGAGUCUAAUAGAGACACGUAGAAGUGGUUGGUCGGGGGUGUUGAACCGACAGCCAAGGCCACGGCCACCCCACCACUUGUGAAAAACCUCCGUCCGUCUGUCUAUCCAUUGACGUUUCACUUACCCAGCAUCGCCAAUCUUUUGGCCACGUAUGUCAGGACAAAGUCCACCGCCCACUGGCCUCCGUUCCGCCACCCACGCCACCCACAGCCGUAACUCCGUCUCCGCCUCGUUUGCCGCCAUCUUCGCACCUCAGGAUCGAGCCUUGCAGUCGGCCUUGCCUUCGGAAAGCCGGCCUUUUUUGAGCUCAGAGCCGAAUUUAACCGACGACGACGACGCCGACCGCAACGGUCACUCGAAUCAUCCUCCGGAUUCAGGCGAGCGGGCUACUCUUCCGAGCACCAUGCGUCAUUCGGCCUCGGCCUCGGUCUUGGAAAUGGGUGGGAUGGGGGAGUGGCGACGGACCGUACAUCAACCCUGGUCGUAUCGGAUGGGCAACUCCACGUUCCACUUCCAAAAGCCGUUGGUGGUGGCCAUUUCCGUGAUCCUGUGCGGGUUGUUCGUCUUGGUCUACUGGCUGGCGUCUAGUCGGGGCCAACCCACCCCUUACGCCCCUCAGAGCCCGGGUUGGGGCCUGGAUCACGAUCAUCCGCAUCUAGGUGCGGGUCUGAGGCGCUACAAUGCUCAAUAUCCUUUGUCCCAACCCACCAUUACACCUCAGGGACUUCAGUAUCAAAUCGCGGUGAUUGCCGAUCCCGAUGAAGCUUCCAAAGAUCCGGACAAGUCCCAUAGUUGGCGGUCUUACUUGAAAACGGGUCUGCUCACUUACGAAACGGGUCAAUCACACUUGUUGUGGGAUGCCAGCCCGCCCAUCGAGAUCCGAUCCGGUAUGUCGAAUGGCGGACGAGGCAUGGAGCUCUCGGAAUUGAUCGUGUUCGAUGGCAAGCUCUUGACCAUUGACGAUCGAACCGGGGUCAUCUAUCAGAUGGAGGGCGAGAAAGUCAUGCCGUGGGUCAUUUUAGCCGACGGAAAUGGAUCCGAGACCAAGAGCUUCAAAGGUGAAUGGCUGGCCUUGAAAGAUGAGCAUCUUUAUGUCGGAGGCUUGGGUAAGGAGUGGACCACGCCAGAUGGCACUGUGCUCAAUUUUAAUCCCAUGUAUGUCAAGCGAAUCUCGAAGGAAGGCUGGGUGGAACAUUUGAAUUGGCACGACAACUACGUGGCCCUGAAAAAAGCCGCCGGGAUCGAGUUUCCGGGCUACAUGAUCCACGAAGCGGCAGCCUGGAGUUCAUUCCAUAAGAAAUGGUUUUUCCUGCCUCGUCGAGCCUCCAAGAACAAGUACAAUGACGUCGAAGACGAGCGCCAUGGCACUAAUAUGAUGUUCAUGGCCAACGAGGACUUUAGUGAUAUCCAAUUGCGGCAUAUUGGUACGCUCGAUGAACCCUCCCAUGGGUUUUCGAGCUUCAAAUUCAUCCCAGACACGGAUGAUUCUGUGAUAAUUGCCCUAAAGUCGCAAGAGCUUGAGGGUACAAUUGCCACGUAUGCCAUGAUUUUUAGAAUUGACGGAACAAUCCUAAUGCCCGAGACCAAGUUUGCCGAUAUCAAAUACGAGGGAAUUGAAUUUGUUUGAAGCGUGUCAUGUCAGUCCAAGAAUUAUUCGGAAAUGACUGAUCGCGGUUCAGUGGGGACCCUUGCGACUGGAGUUCAAGCUUACUUAUAGACCAGAGUCAUUUUAAACAUUGCAAAUGCCAUAAUUGCGAUAUCUUUUCGUGUUACCCACAUGAAUGGACAGGUGUGAUAACCUUUCAAAGAAAAGACUAUGUUUAUAUUAAGCUAUUACGGGACCCCAUUUUGGCUGUGUGCAAUGGAAGUAUUUUAUAUCGAAUGCCUGAUAGAACACCUGAUACGCGAGUACGUGUGAAGAAUGAUUACUGUCUUGAUGGAGUAAAAUAGCGAGUGUGAAACAAACAUCUAAUAUAAACUGUGCCAACCACUCUA